ACUGGAUGCCUGAGAUUCUUGUCUUCUUUAUACACUAUAGGCUUCAUCUCUGUCCUGCCUCUCUUGGCCUUGACAAGCAGAUACCGGACUUUGACUGUUUUCUGUCUGUUGCUCUCCGGCUACCUCACCUCAUCUCAACACAACCCCCCUCGAGGACAGCAACAUGGUGAACUGGAAACUACCCGAGUCCACCGACCGGCUGAUUGCGGCCCUCAUUGCGGCCCACCCAGGCCUCAAGAUUGACUACCAGACCAUGGCCAUCUACUUCGGCCACGGAGCGACCUACGAUACAAUGCACGGUCGUCUGCGCAGAUGUCACAUCCUAGCCGAAGAGCUUCAAAAAGAGACUCAAGAACGUGGUGGCCUCCCGGACCUCCCCAAGGGCCGAAAAUUCGCCAUCAGCACUACCUCCACCCCUCGAACACCACGAGGGCCCCGCAACGGAAUCCAGAAAGCUUCAUCGUCCUCCUCCCGGGCAAAGCCCUUCUUCCGAACUUCCUCGAGCCUAGUGACACCGACAAGGAGCGGACCGACGGCCCGAAACCCAGGAUCCGCAAUGGAGGUAAUCCUGAUCGAUGACGAGUUCGUAGAUGUGAUCAAAACCGGACCCCAGAGUGUCCUCCCCAUUGCGGAUACGUCUUCCGAAGAAGAUAUUGAGAUUAUCCAUCACUCUGCACCUGCAUCUGCCCCUACACCUGCCCCUCGAAUCAAUAAAGCUGAAUCGUUGUUUCAUCAGCCUCCGACCAGUUUCCUUCCGUAUACUGGUUUCAACAACGUGAACGGCUAUGGCGGCGAACCCGAACAGGCAGAGAUCGUGAAAGUCAUUCCGAGCGCCAACGAGCCGGAACGCACCGAAACAGUCGCCCCCAUUCCCAUUCCAUCGAACACCUUGAGCAACGAUCCGUUCAGUACAAGUCUGGGCGGCUUUUUUGACAAUCCAGAAUACGACAUGGAUGAUAUCUAUGGGGGAGUUGCAUGAAUUGGUUCUUUCCCUGCCUUGCUUUCGGUUUCUGGGCUUCUUCAUCCUAUCUGGUUCUCCUUGGUAUCGGUUCUGGAAUUGUCUUUCUUCUCUGGGUUCUUAUUAUAUCCUUCUACAUUUCCAUCUAUAAUUCCCCCCUUUUCAACUUUUCUCCCUGGGUAUGCUUUACUCCGCUUAUCCUUUCACAUAUCAUUC